AUGGCAUUACGCCUGUCAUCGUCCGGCACUCUUGAUCGUAUUGAGCCACCCCAACCUUUCGUAGCGCUCCCACCUCGAGACCCAACCGCCUCUUCCGACCCCUCGCUCUCGGACCCGAUCUCGGCUUCGGUAUCCCUCCCCGCCGCCUCCACCAACACGAUCACCAUCGCCGCCGCCCCAGCCACGGACGCCAAGAUGCCUUCCUCCACCGCGGCCCCUGUGCCCCUGUCACCCGACGAAGCCGCAUUGGCGACUCAGCAACGUCAAUUCGCACGAUCGCAAAUCGCGCUGCCCAUCUCGCUGCUCGUGUUCAUCAUCACGUCGCUGCUGAGCUCGCUCGUGGCCAAGCCGACCAUGGCGGAGGUCUCCGAGCUCUACUUGACCGUUAUGACCCCGGCAACGAAGCUCAUUGGCUUGUACUGGCUCGUCAUUGCCUCUCUUCUCGUUGGUCAGGUCAGCCACAAUGAGAGCGCUCAACUUGAGCAGCUCUAAGAGCUCUUCAUUUCAGGCGGACUGACGUUAAUCUGGCUCCGGAACUAAAUCGCAGGCGAUCCUCUUGGGCGUCGGUCCCGCAGGCUCGCAACCGAUCCUCGUCGAAGGAGUUGGACUGCGUCUCGCUUUCGUCAACCUUUUGGUCAGUUCCCAUUACAGCAUGGCGCAUCUUUGAGCUCCCCCUUUGAAAGAUCAUCUCUCGCUGAAACGCUACCCCGAUGACGAAAAUCCCGGAUCUGGGAAUCAUGCAGAUGAGCGCGUGGAUCGGCUGCUUCGUCUUGCGUUUCUUCCUCGUAGCGCAGAUCAUUCUUCUGGUCGUGCUCAUCAUGGUAUUCUCGAUGUGGGCGACGCUGUUGAGGUUCCCGCCUGUCGCGUCCCGACCAUUCGAUUUUACCUUCAUUCACAUGCCGAUUCGGUCAGUACCCCAGCAGUCUCGAACGUGGCUCGCCAAAGGAACACAUUUCAGGGCUCAAUCUGUGUUUGCGCCGUCUUCGCAGCAUGUUCCUUGCAAUCCUGUUGCAAGUUGACGUCUGGCAAGGAGGUCUGUUGGCCCUUCGGUAAGUUUUGGCGCGUGGCCUCGCGACCAGAGUCACGAUCAGCUGAAGGUCGCUCACCAUGUUGGAUCCUCGCUCUCCGACAGCUACUACCGCCACCCUGCCAAGAGCGGCCACCACCCAUCGUGGGAAGCCGCGCACUCGACGCACGGCUGGAUCAUGUUUGCCAUCAUUAUCGUCGUUGCGUUGAUCAACGCUGCCGAGGUGUUCUACCUACGAGACUUUGUCUUUGCGGCUUCGUGCAUCUACCUCGUCGUGGCCGAGACAAUUCAGAGCGAGGGCAAGUCGGCGCAGAUUUGGAUCGCGUUGGUCUUGGCCGCGGUCAUGGUUGGAGUCUCGCUCCUUUCCUCGGUCGGAUGGUCGAUGCUCAAGCACGAUCGCGAAGGAGCUAUUCGGUUGGCCGACGAGGAAGAGGUCGCCCGCGCCUAG